UGAAGUGAGCAGAGAGAGCAGCAGCUCCGGAGGACAGGGAGGCUGCUCACUGAGGAGAGCUGCUGUAAUGAUUGCAGGCCUGCCUCCUUUCAAAGCUUCAUGUUGGUGGACAUAUUGAUGUGAGGUGGAUUUCAGUCUUGAAAGUGAAACUCAUCGGUGUUACCAACCAACAAGUUUCAGCGACUACCACAUGCAAGACCAUGGAAAGACUGACUUUAAGAACAGGGAGAAGAGGACCUAACAAUGGUGCUGAUACUGGUCAGAAUGAAAAUGCUGGUGGAGGCAGAGGGAGAGGAAGAAGAAACCAAAGUCGUGGGAGAAAUCAAGAUGAAAGGGAGGAGACAGAUGGAGGAGGAGGUGGUGUAGGGAUGCGUGGGAGAGGCAGAGGAGGAGGGGCAGCCCCAGGAAGAGGGGGCAGAAGAGGUGCAGGAAGAGAGGAGACAGAUGGGGGAGGAGGAGGAGGAGGUGAAGAAGUGCGUGGAAGAGGAAGAGGAGGAGCAGCAGGUGCUGGGAGAGGGGGUGCAAGAGAUGCAAGAGGACAGGGAGGAGGAGCCAGACAGAGAGGAGGAGGGAGGGGAAGAGGUGGAAAUGUAGGAGAGUGGGGAGAAAUUGGUGGGGUAAGAAGAAAUGGAGAGCAAGGUGCGGCUGAAAGAGAAGGAGCGAGAGGGGGGGUGGCAGGGAUGGGUGCAAGGAGAGGAGGACAUAGUAUGGAUAGAAGAGGAGGUAGAGGAGGUGAGAGAAGAAAUGACGUGGAAGGAGAGGGAUCAAAUUCUGCUGGCAGAUUUGGGGCACCAAAGGGUAACGGACUGGGCUAUAAGACACUGGAGGAACUCUCUGGAAAAGAUCCAUCUACAGUCGCCAUCACCCUGUCCUCCAAACCGGCCCUCAAAGAGGUCCUGAGUGAGACAAAAAUGAGGCAGGACCUUGUCGAACUUUUCUGCCUAGUGCUUAGUAAAGCCUUCAAAUCACGCACAGACCGAGGCACCUUGCAGCACCUGGCCAGCAUCAUCAAAGACUCAGGGUUCUUCCGCACAGUCUUGCCCCACUAUCUAGUGGGCAUGGGGACAGAGUUCAACCCCGUCCGCAGGGCACAAUACCCACAACACCUGUUAAACAUCCUGGCUAUUCUGUCAGAGGUCCUCAGCAUUUUCCCUGCCAGCUCGGUCCAGGCCGUGAGUUUGCUACUGACGCUGCUCCAGGCCUCUAUCAACAGCCUAAGGGCAUCAGGAGUGGACAUCUCCCCUCAAAUGGAGGAGAGCGUGGAGAGUGUUCAGGGCCUGAUUCAACACCUCCAGGAGAGAUCCAGGGAGGGUACUCUGCGCUCAGACAAGGACACCUAUGCCCUCUUAACUAAUGGAGGUGAAAAUCCAGAUGAAGAGCAGCAAGAUUUCAGGACCAUCCCCAUCUACCCGACUCCCAAGGAGUUCCAGGAGGAAGUCAGGCCCUUCCUGCGACCCAACCUCACCUCUCAGCGUUACACAAACACCCACCUCUACCUUGAUACGCACUUCCGGCUGCUGAGAGAGGACUUUGUGCGACCACUUCGUGAGGGGAUCCAGCAAUUGCUUUGGAACCGAAUGGACAAGGGACGGCGCGACAGUCCACUAAAGACAAAGCGUUUUGAUGACAUCAGAGUAUAUUUUGAUACCAAAUUGAUGGUGCCCAAGUGCACGCCAACUGGCCUCGCUUACAUCAUCCAGUUUGACAUUCAGCCACUUAAGUUUGUGCGCUGGCAGAACUCCAAGAGGCUGAUCUAUGGUUCCCUUGUCUGCCUGUCGUGUGAUAAUUUUGAGAGCUUCUUGUUCGCCACAGUGUCAGAUCGGGAUCCCAAAGACCUGGCAAAGGGACAGGUCCAGAUUGCUUUUACUGAAGAAAGCCGAUUCAAGCUGGCCAGAAUUGAGAAAGAUCAAUCGUUUCUGAUGGUUGAGACCACUGCAUACUUUGAGGCCUAUCGAUAUGUUCUGGAGGGCCUAAAGGAACAGGAGGAGGACAACCUGCCCUUUCAGAGGUACAUCGUGGAGUGCAGCAAGGAUGUGCAACCCCCAGCUUAUCUGCAAGGACGAGAUGUUUAUGACCUGUCAUCCAUUGCUGUGCCCGACCAUAAGGACAGUGUGCAGCCCUUCCACUGCCUGGACACAGAGGCCUGGCCGAGAAUGGAGGAGCUGGGGCUGGAUGACUCUCAGAUGAGAGCCUUCCAGCUGGCCCUCACAAAGGAGCUGACCAUCAUACAGGGACCUCCUGGCACAGGAAAAACCUAUGUUGGCCUUAAGAUUGCUGAGGCUCUGCUGACCAAUCAGAAUCUUUGGACAGAAAGAUUUGGCAAUGCUCCGAUGCUGGUGGUGUGUUACACUAACCAUGCCCUGGAUCAGUUCCUUGAGGGUAUUCAUAAAUUCCUGAAAAGGGGAAUAGUGAGAGUAGGAGGCCGCAGCAACAGUGAGAUCCUGAAGCGUUUCAAUCUAAGGGAGCUGACCCGCUUACAUGACUUCAGGCGUUCACUGCCGUCUCACCUGGGUCCUGCGUAUAAUGAGAUUUACAAGCAGCUGCGUCGGGAGGAGGAUGGGAUCCAGAGUCAGAGCAUGAAGCUAGAGUGUUCCCUGAAAGGCGUCCUGCGUGAAAUCUUCUUACAGAAGUUCAUUUCACACAAACACUGGGACAGUAUGCACCAACCUCCUUCCCAGGAUGGUUUUGAGAUCUGUGGGGAGAAGAAGCACAGUCUGAUGAUGGAUUGGCUGGGUUUGGGUUCCACCGUCUUCCUGAAGAGGGAGACAGAGAAUGCAAAUACAAAUGAAGCAGCAGAGGAAGUGAUGGAGCUGGAGGACGAGGAGGACCUCAUUGAAAUCGCAGAGGAAGCAGAUCUGAUCCAGGCAGAGCGGAUCAUUGAAGACAACAUUGGUCCCAGAGGUGACAGACAUGGCAGAAGGCAUGCAGACAUGGAGGAGGCUGUCAGAGAAGUGGAGGAGCUGAUGCUGGCUAUGAACCUGGAUAAAGUUGAGAUUGAGGCUGAGCAGAGCGAGGAAGGAUGGCAGAUGCAGCGGGCUCAGAAGAAAAAGAUGAAGAACAAAAUCAGGAAUGAGCUGGGAAAGAGCUCGGCCAUGACUGAAGAAGAGGAAGAUGCAGUCUUGGAUAUUUGGACCCUUAGCCUGCCAGAAAGAUGGAGACUCUAUCGGUUGUGGGUGGCUCGCUACAGGGCAGAACUUUGCACCAAAGUCCUGGAGUAUGAACAGGCCUAUCAGAAUACUGUGGACAGACUGGCUGAUGUCAAACGUCAUGAGGACCUCUGUCUGCUCAAGAAAGCCACGGUUAUUGGCAUGACAACAACAGGGGCGGCCAAGUUCCGUAAAGUUCUGCAGGAGGUGCGUCCACCCCUGGUGAUUGUCGAGGAAGCUGCAGAGGUGCUUGAGGCCCACACCAUCACCACACUGAGCGAAGACUGCCAACACCUUAUCCUCAUUGGAGACCACCAGCAGCUUCGCCCCAGUGCAACUGUAUAUGAACUUGCCAAAAACUUCAACCUUGAGAUGUCCAUGUUUGAAAGGCUGGUGAAGAUGGGACUGCCUUUUGUCAGACUCGACUACCAGCAUCGUAUGAGACCAGAAAUUGCCCGUCUCCUGACCCCACACAUCUACACAGAGCUGGAAAAUCAUCCCUCAGUGUUGGACUACGACAGCAUCAAGGGCCUUAAUACCAAUUUAUUCUUUGUGGAGCACAACCACCCAGAAGAAGAGAUCAAAGAUGGGAGAAGCCAUCUGAACCGACAUGAGGCGAUGUUUAUAGUCUCUCUUUGCCGAUAUCUGCUCCAUCAAGACUACAAACCAGAGCAAAUUACCAUCCUCACGACUUAUACUGGCCAACUCCACUGCCUGCGCAAACUUAUGCCUGCCAGCGAGUUCACAGGGGUCAAAGUGCACGUAGUGGACAAGUAUCAGGGUGAAGAGAAUGACAUUGUCUUGUUGUCUCUGGUCCGCAGCAACCUGCAGGGUAAAGUUGGCUUUUUGAACAUUCCCAAUCGUGUCUGUGUAGCCUUGUCUCGUGCCAAGAAAGGUCUCUACUGCAUUGGCAACAGUACAAUGCUGGGCCAAGUCAAGCUGUGGAGCAACAUCUUCCACACCUUGAGGGAAAAGGACCAGGUUGGGAAGGCUCUGACUCUGUGCUGUCAGAAUCAUCCAGAUCGACAGGUAAAGGCAUCUUGUGCUGAUGAUUUCAAACAAGCUCCUGAGGGGGGCUGCACGAAACCUUGCGAGUUCCGUUUGGAUUGUGGCCAUGUUUGUGCAAGAGUCUGCCACCCCUAUGACCCUGAGCAUAAGGAGUACCAGUGUCUUAAGAAGUGCCAAAAGAUUUUAUGUGAUCUGGGACACAGGUGCACACUUGUGUGCCAUAAAGCAUGUCCAAAGAAAUGUACAGUGAAGGUUGAGAAGAUCAUACCGCAGUGUCAGCACACACAGAUGGUUCCUUGCCACAGGGACCCGAAGACAUUUGAAUGCCAGGAGCCUUGCCCAAAGGAACUUCACUGUGGACAUCCAUGUGAUUCAUUGUGUGGGCAGCCAUGUACCCGUUGGUGCAAGGUGAAGGUCACCUUACAACUAGAGUGUGGCCACAGCCAGCAAGAUGCGUGCUUUUACAAAACUGCCAAAGAGAAGCCUACUUGUAAGACCCCUUGUAAGGAAAGGCUCAAAUGUGGCCAUGCCUGUCAAGGUACCUGUGGCCAGUGUAGCCAGGGACGGUUCCAUUACCCAUGUUAUCACAAAUGUGAGCGUCUCCUGAUUUGCUCUCACAAGUGCAAGGAGCCUUGUACUCGUAAUUGCCCCCCCUGUCAGAGGCCAUGUGAGAAUUGCUGUGUACACAGCAAGUGUAUGAAGCCAUGUGGGCAGCCUUGUGCUCCGUGCAUUGAGCCCUGCGCCUGGCAGUGCCCUCACCAAAGCUGUAGUAAGCUUUGCCAUGAGCCAUGCGAUCGUCCGCCAUGCACCCAACCCUGUGCCAAAACCCUGGAUUGCGGCCACCCAUGCAUAGGUCUGUGUGGAGACAAAUGUCCAAGCAAAUGUCGCAUCUGUCAUCACGAUGAGGUCACCCAGAUUUUCUUUGGCACUGAGGAUGAGCCUGACGCUAACUUCAUUCAGCUAGAGGACUGUGGACACAUUGUCGAAUGCAGAUCCAUGGACCGAUACAUGGCGAUGGAUGACAACCAGCAGGCAAAUAACGGAGAGGUGGCCAUUAAACUGAAGGAAUGUCCAAAAUGCCGAACUCCAAUCCGCAAGAAUCUACGCUACGGAUCUCACGUCAACCGCUGUCUGACUGAGAUAGAGAUGGUGAAGGUGAAGAUAAAUGGAUGUCAGGCAGAUAUUGAAAAGCACAGGAAGGCCCUUCAAAAUCAGUGGUUGGACAACUAUGUCCUCUAUGACCUGCAUCGCCAAGAGGAAUUUAUUAUAAUAAAUGACAAACUGGCGAAGUCUCAUCUCACAGCAAAGGAUCUGUGGAUCCUGGAAAACAAUAUGGACUUCCUAGUCAGAGUUGCAAAGCUGAGAAAGGCCCAAAGUAAAAAUAUGUCAUCCCUGCAAAGCCUCAAAUUAACAAAGGAUGUUGAUGUGUUUGUGAGAUCUCUCAACCACUGGCGCCAAAGAUUCACAGACCAGCAGGCCUUUGAUUUGGAGAGAGAGCUACAGAGGCUAACCCUCCUGACUGAACUCAACGCCCGUUGCCACAUGGCAGACAAGAAAGGACAAAGUGACAAGAUUAAAUCUGAAGUACAAACAAUAAGAGAGGUUUUGGAAAAGUCUGGCCAAUUCUCUGAGCAAGAUCAACACAGAGUGAAAGAAGCCAUGAAGGAACUAGACAAGAAGUUUCCACCCACAGGCUUGGGGAUCACUGACAAAGAGAGAAAGAUGAUUGUCUCGGCUAUGAACAUGCAGCCUGGACACUGGCACAAAUGUCCUAAUGGCCAUGUCUAUGUGAUCGCGGACUGUGGAGGAGCUACGGUGAGUCGACGCUGCCCUGAUUGUGAGGCGACUAUCGGCGGAGCAAAUCACACAUUGGCAAGUGGCAACCAAGUUGCCACAGAGAUGGAUGGGGCACUGCAUCCUGCUUGGUCUGAAGCCAACAACCUUCUAAACUUUGGUCGAAUUGACAUCUGAAAGCAUUCUUUGAGAAGUCGGUCAUUGCUAACUUUUGGAUUGUAAAAGCUAAUGGCAACAGAUCAUGAUUUUACUUCUCUGACUGCUUUGAUUGAUAAUGGACUUGGAGGAAUCUUUACAAAAAUUACUGAACUGCUUGGGAAUUGUAAUUGUUUUGCAUGACAUUUACUUUUGAAACCCUUUAUUAAAAAACACAGACUUGACUAAAUGUAUAAAUGCUAUUAGUUUGUGGCACUUUAAUUUCAACAACUAUCAAUUUUGUUACUUUCUCUCCUGUCACUCUAUUGAGUUUCUGUUCAUGAACAUUUCAACAUUUGUUAGACAUAGUUGUUGAGAAAGGAUGUACCAAGGAUCUGAAUUUUAAUGCCGCCUAAAUAAUUUGUCAAAUACUAACUGUAAUCCUUCGAUUUUUUCCCCCCAAGACAUCUUAUGUAAGUAACAGUUGUCUUGUACUUUAACAAAAGGUGGCAGUAAAACACUGUAAAACAACAUGACUUGAUAGUCCUUGUGCUUGCAACUUUUUCAAAUGGAAUAAAAUAUGUUUGAAGUCAAAAA